GUCUUGUUCUGCCACUAAUAAGAGCGAGACCUGACACCAAUGACGAUAGUGCGCGUUUCUGUUUUACGUCAAAUGUUACAGACAUGCUUAUAAUUUAAAGAUUAGUCUGACUUUACAGUCAGUCAUUUUAUUCUCUGAUGUACUGCCUGCCAGAAUAAACCCAGGGAGGGUUAGCACAAAGAUUACGUUGGCUUCUGAGUUGCUUUCGUGUGGCGGAAGAUGGCUGACAGCGGAGCCUUACCAGCAAAAAGAUGUGACUCCGGUUUCUUUUCCUCCGUGACUAUAGAGUCAAUCUCCGCGUUAACGGAGCUGGAGGAUCUGGAGAAAGUCUACCAGCAGCUCUGUGAAGAAGAGAAAGAAGUGGAAGCUGAGUUGGACAGGCUGGUGGGGCAGGAAGGGACCAUUCACACAAAGAUGUUGGCACUGCAGAGAAUGGGACCCAGUCUUCAGCUGAUUGGAGGAGAUGCCAGUCAGCUGUCCGGCAUGAUCACUUUUACCUGCAGCCUAGCUGAAAAUGUCAGUCGGAAAGUCAGGCAGCUAGACCUGGCAAAGACACGACUCUAUAACGUCAUUCAACGUGCUGAUGACAUUCUGGACCUGAAGUUCUGUACAGAUGGCGUACAAACAGCUCUGCGGAAUGAGGAUUACGAACAGGCUGCUGCACACAUCCAUCGAUACUUGUCUCUGGACCAGUCUGUAAUUGAGCUGAGCAGGCAGGGAGAAGAGAGCAGUGCUGUGGACGCCAGUCUGGUCUUACUCCAGGAGGCAGAGCAGAAACUGAAGGUCAUUGUUGCAGAGAAGCUCGAUGAAGCUGUAGCAGCGGUCAACCUCGCACAAGUGGAAAGGUUUUUCAAGAUAUUCCCUCUGCUGGGCCUCCACCAGCAGGGCCUCGCCCGUUUUGGUCAAUAUCUCUGCAGUCAGCUUGCCUCCAAAGCCGAGGAGAACCUGCUGUUAGCAACAGGGAGUGAUCUGGGUGAGAAGAGAGCUCUCCUGAUAUUCGCAGAUACGCUGACACUGCUGCUGGAAGGUAUCGCUCGCGUUAUUGAGACUCAUCAACCUAUAGUAGAGACAUAUUAUGGUCCAGGCCAUCUAUACACACUCAUCACUCACCUGCAACAGGAAUGUGACCGUCAGGCCCAGAAAAUAGUCGACAAGUUCAUUCAGCAAAGAGGAUUUUAUAAUAAGUUUCAGAUUGUUCAGAGCAGCAUGAUGAAGAGCAUGCCAGGUGACAGGAUCGAGCCAAGGGAGCUCGACCCCGUACUGGCAGAAGUAACUCUGAUGAACGCGAGGGCAGAGCUCUACCUGCGCUUCCUGCGUCGGCGAAUAAUGGCCGACUUUGAAGUUGGAGAUGCUCAAAGCAUCACACAGGAGCAUCAGCAGAAUGUGGAGAAGCUCCUGAAACACUGUGCGCUCAGCAGAGCAAUGCAGGAGCUGAUUGGCUACUACAUUCCAAUGGAGGAAUACUAUAUGCGGGAGUCUGUCAACAAGGCUGUUGCCAUGGAUACCUAUGAAAAGGGUCAGCUGACCAGCAGCAUGGUGGACGACUGUUUCUACAUUGUAAAAAAGUGCAUCAGUAGAGCUUUAUCAAGUUCCAGCAUCGACUGCCUCUGUGCCAUGAUCAACCACGCUAACUCUGUGCUGGAGUCUGACUUCAGGGAGGUGUUGUAUAAUAAGUUGCGGCAGGGCUUCCCAGCUACGACGCUGCAGGACAUCCAGCGCGGUGUCAGCAGUGCAGUCAGUCUGAUGCAAAGCAGCUUACAGCAGGGCAAGUUCAACACACUGGGCAUCGAGAGCACUGAAAAUGCCAAGGCUGCAUUCCUGGUGACUCUGAAUAAUGUGGAGGUUUGUAGUGACAAUAUCACAACUUUAAAGAGGAACUUGGAGAAUGACUGCUCCAAGUUGUUUAGUCAGGGGGUCGGCUCUGGUGAACAAGCCAAGAUUGAAAGCUGUUUGUCCGACCUUGUCAGCACGUCGGCAAAGUUCAAGGAUCUUUUACAGGAGGGUCUGACGGAGUUAAACACAACAGCCAUAAAGCCUCAAGUCAAACCCUGGAUCAGCAGCUUCCUGUCCAUCUCACAUAACAUUGAGGAGGAGGAGUUUAACGAUUACGAAGCAAACGACCCCUGGGUGCAGCAGCUCAUAGUGAACUUGGAGCAGCUCAUGGCAGAAUUUAAGGCGGCCCUCUCACCUGUCAUCUACGACACUCUGACCAGCCUGAUGACCAGCUUAAUAUCUAUUGAACUGGAGAAGACGGUUCUUAAAUGCUCAUUCAGCAGGCUUGGAGGGUUGCAGUUUGAUAAAGAGCUCCGAUCCCUUGUGGCGUAUCUCACCACAGUGACUACCUGGACCAUCAGAGACAAGUUUGCUCGCCUCACACAAAUGGCCACCAUCCUCAACCUGGAACGGGUCACUGAGAUCUUGGAUUAUUGGGGCCCCAACUCAGGCCCACUUACAUGGCGGCUGACCCCUGCAGAAGUGCGUCAGGUUCUGGCAUUGCGGAUUGACUUCAGAAGCGAGGAUAUCAAGAGGCUGCGACUGUAACCGAGGAAUCAGCGGUUGGCAGCGAUUCCUAUGAAUUACCCACCUGCUAUUAUCUGAAGAACUUUAUUCUUGCAUCAUCCAUGGAUGUGGACACAUCACAGACAAAAGAGGGUCUUUUAUUUUUUUGUCUGCAACAAAAACACUGAUUGGCUGAAAACUGAAAAACAAUCUGUUAUAGUUCAUUGUUUAGAGACACAGGGUGUGGGUAUACAUGGCAGCGAUGGUGAUCUAUUAUAUUAAUUACCUGUAAAAUGUGUAAUUAAAAUUGUAAAUGUGUGACUGUAUCACAGUGGGAAUUCCAACCUUUUAACCUGUUACUGGCUCUAAGAAACGAGGGCACCCUGGAGUGAGGAGUGGAGCUCUGGGGAAGUCAGUGAAACAGAGCAGUAAUGAACAUCAUACCCAUUAAACUGACAGAAGCAGGUCAGACAGCUGAUCCAGCCUAGUCAUUCAAUAUAUGAAUAGCUCCUUGUCUGUGAUAAUGGAACACUUUUAACCUAAUAAAUUUAGAGCUGCUUUGCCUCUGA